AUAAACGCACGAGAUCAUUUUUAAUUUCAGUUCAACCGCUCACUUGUUUUUGGGGUCCUUCGAUGUUGACGUGACGUGCGCCAGCUGUCACGGGAGCUAGCCAGGAUGCUAGCUGUUGCGGCUUGGGUUUUCCCUUUUGUCGUUGACAUUUUCAUGAUUUUAUAAUUUCUCUCUACCUCGAUAUCGUUAGGGGGGUUAUACGGAUUUCAGUAGAUGCCAAAUUCAGCCGCGUUUGGCUGCUUUGCGCGCGAGUUUGACCGUCUCCAGGGUGAAGAGGUGAGCGGUGCGGACACAGUGGCGCUGCUGGUGCCCAAGUCAUUGUUUACGGCUCUUCCUGCUUCGCGCAUCAUGCGGGUUUCUUCUCCUCGCUGUUAUAUAUUUACAUAGAUUACUCCGUCUAACCAUGAUUUUUAGAAUAAAAUGAUCUUAACUAAGUGACAUCGUAGUCCUGAACAACUCGACGGGAUCUGGGUGCAGACUAAACGGCUGUGUUUGAAGUAUUUCGCUUGGCCCAUCACCUUUUCAUUCAGUCUUCGACAUGGAUAAGAAGUCGUUUGACAUCGUCUUGGACGAAAUAAAAAAGUGUGUUUUGACAGAUCAGCGGAUCAAAGCCAUCGAGCAGGUGCACGGCUAUUUCUCCAGUGAGCAGGUGAUGGAGAUACUGAAGUACUUUUCAUGGGCAGAACCUCAGAUCAAAGCGGUGAAAGCCCUGCAGCAUAAAAUGGUGGCCAUCCCUACCACCAAAGUGGCCAACAUUCUCAACUGCUUCACUUUCUCCAAGGAUAGACUUGUUGUGUUGGAGCUGAUCGCUUUGAAUAUAUCAGACGCUCAGAACUAUCGGCCCGUGGAGGACAUGUUCCGCAUUCACCUGUCGGAGAAGAAACGGGCGCGGCGGAUACUCGAGCAAGUGUGUAAAGUGGGCUGCAAGGCUCCUGUGGCCAUGAUCUCCUCCUGCGGUAUAAUACCAGGAAACCCCUACCCCAAAGGCAGACCCAGCCUGGUCACUGGUUCAUUCCCGGGAAUCCCUCCUUUGAAGAAAGAGGCAGACAAGAAGGAGGACAGUUCCAACAGCAUGGAGGGGAAGGGGAUCGCUGCUCGGAUACUGGGACCCUACAAACCUUUCCCUGCGAGCUACAACCCUCACCGCCCGGUGCCGUACCCCAUCCCUCCGUGCCGCCCUCACGCCACCAUCGCACCAAGUGCAUACAACAACGCUGGCCUUGUUUCUCUGGGAGGGGUGGUUACAGCCAGCGCGCCCCCUCCCCCCUACACCUCUGCCCACAGACUCGCAGGCUACAGCAAACCGGGGAACCCCCAGGUCACCACGCCUGGAGUCAAAAGUGGGCCGCUGCUGAUUCCUCACGGAUCCACCCCGUCGACUCCGGCGCCCCCUCAGAGCGCUCCAGCCCAGCCUGCCACCCCCAUCACGCCAGUCUUCCCCGGCAUGGUGCCCUCACAUAACCCCAAGGCCUCGUCGCCGUCUCCUGCUCCGUCACCAUCUGUCAUCAAAGCUGGACCCCCGACUCCCGGACCCCCGACUCCCUCCUCCGUUAUCAAGGCCCACACCCCCUCUGGGACCCCGUGUGGGACUCCUGUUCCGGGCGGUGGCGGCUUUCAUGCGGCGUCCCGAUCCAACACUCCUGCUCCUCCCUCCGUCACCCCGGCUCAACAGAAGGUCUACCCCCAGCCUGCGGACCCUCCGGCCGGACCGGCCUUCCAGGGUCUGCCCGCACAGGCAGGUAACCCCUCAGGCACCGUCAUCCGCAGUUUCACCCCGGGAUCCUCCACCCCUGGACCCAAAGCCUCCUCGGCCCACGCUGCCUUUGGGCAGGGCCCUGUGGGCCCGGCCCUGGCCCGACCCAGCAGCCCGGUUCACUCGGCCUUCAAAGGAAGCUCUCGCUCUGGGACCCCCACCGUCAGCCCUCUGGUGGUGGCUGGCUCCGCUCACGCCCAGGCGGCGCUGGCCCGCUCUCUGGGGCUGGCUCACCCUUCAGGGUCCCCUCAAGUCUCGCUCCCGGGCCUGCAGGCGCUCUCCUCCAGCCCCGCCCCCGCCCACUACCCCGGCCUGCCCCCCAGCAGCCUCCCGCCCACCAGCAUCUACCCCUCGCCCGCCUCGCCCUUCGGCCUGAGCAUCAGCUCCGCCCCCUCUAUAUUCCCGGGCCUCCCGCCUGCCGCCAACCCCGUCGCCUUCCCGGGGCUGGCCGUCUCCGGAGGCCGCGGCGCCGCCAGCUUCAUGGCUCUGCCUGGAGCCGCGCCGCCUUCCGUCACGUCCGUGGCCCCUCUGCAGGCCGCCGCCGUGGCGGGGGUCCCGUCCUCGUCGCCGGUGCUGCCGGGCUUCGCGUCUGCCUUCAGCUCCAGCUUCCAGCCCGGGCUGAGCGCGGCAGGGCUGCAGGCCCAAGGUGGCGCCGGAUUUCCUAGCCUGCUGUCCUUCCCUGGGGUCCCGGGCUUCUCUACCUCUGCGGCCCCUGCUGCUCUCGGGGGCCUCCACAACCCCACGGUGCCGUCGGCUCUCCUCCAGGCUCAUCCGUCCUCGGCGCUGGAGAGUUUUCCUCCUCAACCCAACUACCCGGCGGCGCCCGGGAACCCCUUCCAGCUGCAGCCGGGCCUGCACCCCCAGCUGGGCUGGCAGUGAGGGCCGGGGCCCGGCCAAGUCUUGUGAAUGCC